AUGGACGGUGCACCCCACCUCUCCCUGGCGGCGAAGUGGUGCCCCUCCCUCGACUCCUGCUACGACCUCUCCACCUUCAUCUGCGAGGCCGUGGCGCAGCACCUCUUCCCGAGGGAAUCUGACCCGGUCUACGCCGACCUCCCCGACGCCCACUACGCCUACCGCGUCUGCGACCGCCUCGGCAGGGAGGCGCUCGUCCUGCUCCGCCGCACACUCCAGCUCCCCGAGGUCUACAUCUUCGCCGGGGAGUGGGGGCUCGCCACUUACGAGCGCGUCGCCUCCGUCGCCAUGAAGAACUACACCCCGCUAUUCACCAAGCGCGACGGCGACCGCUUCGACCGCUACCUUGCCGACGUGCGCGAGAGCAAGGCCAUGAUCACUGCGGGCGCCCUCCUCUCCCACGAGAUCCUCUUCUCCUCCGCCGGCGAGGUCGCCGAGCUCCAGUGGCGGCGCAUGAUGGAGGACCUCCUCGCCAGGGGGAAGCUCUGCAACUGCAUUGCCGUGUGCGACGUCUUCGGGAGCAUGAGCGGGGAGCCUAUGGACGUCGUCGUCGCCCUCGGCCUCCUCGUCUCCGAGCUCAACGAGGAGCCAUGGAAGGGCUGCGUCAUCACCUUCAGCACCGAGCCAAAGCUCCACAGGAUCGCUGGGAACUCCCUCCAGGAGAAGACGGAGUUCAUGAAGCGGAUGGAUUGGAGGGGGAACACGGACUUCCAGGAGGUGUUCUUGAGGUGGCGAUCGCGGCAGCGCUCCCCCCGAAGAUUCGGCAACCCCCCCCUCCCCGGAGAUGCGGGACGUGUAUGCAAAUAA